GUGUGUUCAGACUUCAGAGCCGACCGAGCGCAUUGUCCUCGCUUCAGAUAUCAGACUAGAGGUUUGAUGGAAGGAGCUGAAGAACAUCCAGAGCAAAAACAUGUGGUAUGGAAAACAUCACCGUCUUCCUCAAUGAUAUCCGAAUCGAAUUCACUUGUAUCAGCAACACUUGGUAGGGUGAUGAACACAUUGCUCACGGCUAAGCCUAGAAAGCUCCAAGACGCUAUUUUUAGUCUACAGCCCGUUCAUAAAAUUGCACCAAUAGGAGUUUCUUUGGAGCAGUCACUUUGGUUUCUUCACAAGUAUGUUGAUGAUGCCCUGGCUAAAGAGGAGAGUUUGGACCACGUUCUUAUUCCCAUGAUUGAACAUUCGUUGCAACUCAAGGAUUCUAGACAGAGUAAACAAGAAAUAGUACUUCUCAAUUGGCUUUUCCAAGAUGAAAAUAUUUUCCAAGCUCUUGCAAACAGUUUAGCAGGAAUUAUAUCCCAGAGAGAUGAUCAUUACGUUUCCCUAGGUUGGUGUGUUCUCACUCGGUGUCUUUUAGAAUUUGAAAGUAGUACGGGGAAGCUCAUAACAAAUGGAAUAAGGGAGACUUAUGAUGCACUUCAGAAAACCUUUUGCUCUUGUGUCCCAAAUCUCAUCGCAAUUGUAUGCAAUGGGAGCACUUUGCAGGAUGGAUUUGAGCUGCCAACUAGGCUUGCUGUUGCUGCUGCUGAUGUUAUCCUGUCCCUUUUUGUAUCAAUGACAAGAAAGGGUUUGCAUUCUGACUCCUUUGACUGCAAGAAAAAAUCAUUUUCUCCCACUGUAAGCAGCAACUCAAUAAGGUUUCUACCUUCUGCUGCGAGUGAGAAGAAACCAAGCAAAACCUGCAAGAAUUCUCAAUCAGAAGAGGCAGAAGUGAUGUUUUUACUAUGGGAUCAUUUGGAUGAACUCAUUAUUCUCGUGGAGAAACUUGUAUCUUGGAGCAGGAAAAGUAGGUCUUUGCAUGCAAAAGGCCUAGAGCAGGUUUGCAGAUGGUUGCAGGUGACUAAGAAAGACUACGACUGCAUCCCAAAUGAUGCAGAUUCAAAAAUGCGCAACACGGGAGCCUUACUGCUAUCUUCUUGUUGGAAGCAUUACGGUUUGCUGUUGCAUUUAGAAGAUUACAGAAUAUGUGGGCAAUAUAGAGAAUUAUUGGAGCAGUACUUGUCCGGGAUUCAGUUUUUCGCAGAGACCCGUUCUAAAGAGCCUUCCAGAAACAAAGAAAGUGGAACUGAUACCCUCAAGUUUUUCAUCAAUUGCCUUUGCCUUCUAUUGGGGCGAUUAGUCGGAACACAAUUUGAAACUGCAAUAUCAGAAUAUGGUUCUCAGAUAUCUCAAGCUCUCAUAUCACAGCUUCAUGGUGCUGAUGAUGAAGUCAUUGAGGGAGCUACAUGCAUCCUACGAGUUGUUAUCUUUAAGACAAAUAAAAGAUUGGCUAAAACUGAUGAAUUUAAAGAGAUAGGUGCUAGUCUACCAAUGCUGUUACAUCUUUUGGAUGAAGAAGAUGGGGCCGCAAAAGUAGUUGUUAGGCUUGUUGCAGAGUAUUGCUUCAUAUGCUUAGACAUUAAGUGUUUCCACGAUGUUUUAAAGCGCCUUGUUACUGGAAAUCUUUCACAAAGAAGGAAUGCUCUUCGUUUUAUUUCAGACAUUAUCCAUGUAUCAUUAGAAUCCGAUGGUACACUUCCUCAGUCAAUGCGGCAAGAUAUAGUGAACAACUUAUUGGAUUUUCUGCAAGAAGAGGAUGUCAUUAUUUGCAAACAAGCAUGUAGCUUGAUUCCCUUUGUCGAUCCUUCUUUAGUUUUGCCUGGAUUGGUCAAUCUUAUCUAUUCUUCAAAUCAAAGAGUACAAUCAUCUGCUGGAACUGCAUUCAUAUCACUACUGAAAAACUACAAACAGAAGCCUGAGGUGUUAUGCAUCAUCAUAGAUUGUCUCAGCGACGGUCCAGCUGCUACAAAAGGAUCACAACUAGACAUUGAUAGGGUGCUGGCGCUGCUUCAUCAGUGGUCAAAAACUGUUGAACAUUGGGAUUUACUAGUUGGUUCCUUGAUCGAUAAGCUGUUUAUGGAGCCUUCAAAUGCAGUUAUUGUCAGGUUUCUAAGCUUCAUAAGUGAACACUUGGCGGAAAAUACAGAACUGGUCUUUCAGCAACUUCUGUCAUACACGAGGGGGCAGGAGGACAGUUUCAGUGAAAGUUUGGGUACAAUCAAUACUACCGAAAAAUGGCAGCUUUCAAUUUUCAGUCGUCUUUGCCCUUUGCUUGUAAUCAGGCUUCUUCCCUUGAGUGCUUUUGACAAUCUUGGUUCUUCUCUCAUGUAUGGUGAACUACCGAACAAAUUGCCAACAAGUGAUGUUGGCGGCUUUGGAAUGCAUCCUGAUCAGUGCAUUACUGCAUUGCUAAUCCACAGGGCAUUUAACAAAUCUGAAUUUGAAGAUGUCCGUAAACUCUCAGCGGAGCUUUGUGGGAGAAUUCAUCCCAAGGUUCUUGUUCCAAUUAUUACUUUUGAAUUGGAAAAAGCUACAAAUACUAAGGACUUGCUAAAGAUUAAAGCUUGCCUGUUUGCAAUGUGCACGUCUUUAACGGUUCGAGGCAUGGAAUCAUAUAAACACCCGGAUGUGCUUAGAAUAAGGAAGACAGUGGAGGUUAUUCUGUUAUGGCCAUCAAUGAAUGAAAAUGGUGUUUCAAAGGUUCAACAUGGGUGCAUUGACUGUCUAGCGUUGAUGGUAUGUACUGAACUACAAGCUAUGAAAACAUCCGAGAAAUCAACUUCAGGGGAUGCACUCACCGGCUCAGUUUGGAAUUACAUAAUCCAGCAAUUGACUUGUGACAAUCCAGACAAACUUCCUCUAAAGUUGGGAACACAGGAGAAGGCAAUGGCUCAUAUCUCAUUCCGCUUAUGCAUGGCAAAUGUUCUCAUUAGUGUUUGUCAGAAGAUCCCAGACUCUGGCAAGAAGGCCUUGAUUUCUAAAAUUCUUCCCCACAUUAUCCGUUCAGUUAAGGUAAUCACAGAUUCAGACAUUAGGUCUGCAUGCAUCCAGAUUAUAUUCUCAGUGGUCUACCAUCUGAAGUCUGCAGUUCUUCCUUACUCCUCUGCUAUACUUGAAGCUUCCAUCAGGUCGCUCAGAGGAGAGUCUGACAAGGAAAGAAUGGGGGGCGCCAAGUUACUUGCAUCCCUAAUGGCAAGUGAAGAGGCAGUAGUACAAAGUAUUUCAGUGGGAUUGCUAGAAGCCAGAACUUUGCUUGAUGACCUCUCUGAAUCCGAUCCUUCAGCAGAUGUGCGAAGCAUGUGCCAGAAGUUGCUUGCAUGCAUGAGUUCUCCCUAAAUUAUCUGAUCUCCUACUUUAUCUUAUAAUGAUUGUAUAUAUGGGGGAAAAUAUUCUUUGAUUAUGGGGGUUGUGAAAAUUAAUGAAUAAUUCGGAUAAAAGAAGCGUCAACCUGAUUUCCAAUUGAAUGCAGUCUUUGCUCUGUUGGUUCCACUUGUACCUUGUUGGCCGUAGGAAGUCUUUAAGACUAGUAAGACCAACAAAGUAUUUUCCCAAGACAAAGUAACAUUUUAGAAAUAAGUAAAUGUGUUGUUAUGCGAGCUCAUCUUCUAAUUAUUAGCUAUUGUCGAUC